AUGUCUCAAACCACUGGAGCGAGUAGCAAAGGGCUGCAACAAGCGCCUUUCCUACCAGAGCUUCAGGACAUUACUUCAACGCCACAGUGGCAAGAAACGCACGACUGGUUUCAAAAGCUACACAGUCCGGCAUUCGGCCAGGUCAGCAACGCAGAAGAGCUCUGCGCCUCCCCAGAUGGCAGCCAAAUAGCAUUUACAGCAACGAUCAUGACCUCGCUGGAGGAGCCAGCUAGCAAACGCAUAGCUCUCGUGAACGUGUCUUCGACUCACGGCAAUGACAUGCAGCUCAUCACCCAAGGCCCGAACACGGACAAAAUGCCCAAAUGGUCGCCGGAUGGGAGCACGCUAGCUUUCCUCUCCGAUCGAGCGCGAAAGGGUCGUUUUCGACUGUACAUGCUCGACAUGGACCAGCCGGGAGAGGCGUGCGUGCUACCGCAGCAAGAGAGUCUUCCAGGAGUCAUCGAAGACUUCGAAUGGUCCGCCGACGGCACGAUGUUGCUUUUUCGUCUGGCGGCGUACGGAAUGCCGCUGUCUGGUUUCGAAGGCUCGGGUACUGUAGGAGGGGGUAGCCAGACUCUGCCGACUUGGAUGCCUUCGGUGAAGAGUAAGCAUCCGCCGACGGAACAUCGCUCGCUCUGGGUGUACCUGACGCGGUCGAAGCGCGCUCGACAAGUCAGCUUAGCAGGAAGGAACAUAUGGCGUGCGUGCUGGAGUGGCGAUCGUUAUGCAUUCGCUUUGGUCGGCGACACGCCGCUUGAGCGCGGAUAUCGCGAGGCAACGCUGGUGAGGAUCGAAGUCGAGAGCGGACGGGAGGAGGUGGUUCGAGUUCCUGAUCAUCGAAUGAUUGGUGAGCUUGCACCAUUACCUGCUGACCCUUCUCAUAUUGCUUUCGUCGAAGCCGUUGGCGGGUCUCGUACGAAGCUCAUCGGAAGCCUGAUCCUCUUCAAUAUCGAGACGAAGGAAAGAGUGUUACUGCCUUCAAAGGGAGUGGAUGUGCACUCGAUGGUAUGGAUAGCAGAAGACCGAUUGCUUGCCGUGGGAGUGCGGAACAUGGACUCCGUUGCAUUGGAGGUGAAUCCGUGGACGAGGGAUGUACACGAGAUUCGGAGUGACACUUCAUCGUGGCGGUACAGGUCGCCGGGAAUUGCAUCGUGGGUAUCCGGUCAGGGAUUAACAGUCGUGCGCAACGGGUGGAAACUAGCACCCGAGAUUGGACUGAUUGGGUUGGAUGGCUCGUAUCGCCACAUACUCAGCUUCAGUCAUGCCGGCGCGGAAUGGCUCCAGAGUCAAGUAGGAGACGUUCAGACGGUGGCAUGGCGGGCGGCAGACGGUGUGGACAUCUAUGGCCAGCUCCACCUACCUAUUGCAACGCCCACGCCAUACAAACUCGCCACAUACCUUCACGGCGGGCCGUUUAGUAGCCUCAGCGACCAUUGGCUCGGUUGGACGCCCGACAUCCUAUGGCUGGUUGCGCACGGCUACGCCGUCUUCGUCCCGAACUUCCGCGGAUCGACCGGCCGCGGAGUCGAGUUUGCCGAGCGACUCAAUGGGGAUAUCGGCGGAGUUGAUGCCAGCGACUGCCUAAGCGGGAUCGACCAUCUUGUCAACCAAGGCAUCGCCGAUCCGAAUCGCUUGUGCGUGAUGGGAGCCAGCUACGGCGGCUACCUGACAGCCUGGAUCAUCACCCAAACGCACCGCUUCGCGGCAGCGCUAUCGAGAAGCGGGGUAAAAGACUACAAAUUGCAGUGGCUCGUGGGAGAAGAGCGGCAGCCUAUCGUGGGCCCGCACAUUUAUGUCGACGAUCGCAACAGCCUUGUGGAGAGACGGAGUGCGUUGGCGUAUGCGCACCACUGCACCACUCCGACGCUCUUGAUGGUAGGCACGUUAGACACGUGCGUGCCGCCUGAGCAAGCGCGGUACUUUCACGCGGCGCUGCUGGAUCAUGGUGUCGAGUCUGUGCUGGUUGAGUACCCUCUCGAGGGCCAUGGGGUUCGUCGCUUCCCUGCAGUCAUAGAUGCGUGCUGUAGGACGCUUGCGUGGUUCGAUCGCUUUACGGAGUGA